CUCUCUCCCCAUCUUAAAACUUUUGGUUCUGUGCGAGACGUCAACACCUCUACGAACUCAAUAGUAGGCUUGGAUUGGUAGGGUUCAUUCUUCUUCUUCUUCACUCCCACAGUGCUUCUUAAAGCUAGGGUUUCGUUUGAGAUUCUAAGCUAAAUUUCUAAAGAAUGCUUGAAGACUGGUGGGAGAUCUGCUAAAUUUAGUUAUUGUUCUGAAGGAGUUUGAUUUGCUCUCUCUGAGAUUCCUCUUUUGUGAAGGGUUAUUAUUCCUCUAGCUUUUGUACAAGGAUAACAUCUAUAUAUCUCUUAUUUCUUUCUCCAUAUCAUUUUGUAAAGAGAUUUUUGCAAAAAUGAAGAGGAAGAGAAUCGAGAUGAAAAAGAUCGACAACAGGGCUGCAAGGCAGGUGACUUUCAGUAAGAGGAGGAGGGGGCUGUUUAAGAAGGCUAUGGAGCUCUCAACUCUCUGCGAUGCUGAAAUUGCUCUCAUUGUCUUCUCUUCUACUGGAAAGCUCUUUGACUACGCCAGCUCAAGUAUGCAGCAGGUGAUUGAAAGACAUAAUUUGCAUUCAAAGAAUCUCAGCAAAAUGGACAAACCAUCUGUGGAGCUGCAGCGUGCCAACAGUACCAACACCUUGUUGAGCGAUGAAAUCGUGGGGAAGGCUCAUGAACUGAGGCAGAUGAAGGGAGAAGAGCUCCAAGGAUUGAAUAUAGAGGAACUACAGAAACUAGAGCAACUUCUCAAAGUAGGCUUGAGCCGCAUUUCAAAUGCAAAGGGAGCCCAACUGAUGGAGGAUAAUCAGCAACCAACACAGCAGAUGGAGAAUCAACUUAACAUUAUAACACAUGUAAUUGAAAAAGGCCAGUCAUCUGAGUCAAUGACAAAUAAUAAUUGCAGGUCAGCUGAUCCUCCUCAACACCAAGACAUCGACAAUUCUCUCAAGUUGGGGGUUACCGAACUGAUUUUGAAAGAUAAAGAAAGUCAAGAGUACAUGGAGACGCUUAAUUUUCUCUAUUGAAAAACAAGCAUGUCUAAGUAAAACCCAGCUAACUGUUGAUCAAAACAAAUUUUAGUUUCCGCAAGUUGAUCAAAAUAAAGUCCCACAUAUGUAUAUAUAUAUGGUGAUCAGCCUUGGAUGCUUGAUUUAUGUUAUGCAUGAAUAAUAUAUCAAGGCCAACUUGUUUCAAUGGGCUAUAUAUAAAGUAGACUGGAAAACAAAAAUUUGCUUGUUUGAGGAUAUAUAUGCA